UACCUGCACCCGUAACAGUUGGGAGUUGGCUUCUGUUUUCCGUGAGCGCUUGGCCGCACGGACAAAUGCAUACAAAUGCAUUUAGGAGCCCACAGGACAAGGCGUGGAAAGGUCUCCCCCACCGCAAAAACGAAACUACUCCCUCAUUUCAUUGUACUAUGUGUGGCUUGGAUUACUGUUCAUGCACAAGAACAAGGCAUAGAUAUUCUUCAUCAACUAGGCCUUGGAGGCGCAGCCGUAAGACACGCAUCCCCAGCAGCUGCCGUACCAUCAUCAUCUACACAGUUACCUCAGGGCAUCUAUUUAACAGAAUCAGGUGUCAUUUUAAAAAAUGAUGCUUAUAUUGAGUCACCUCUCAUGAAAGUUUUACCAGUCAAUUUAGCACAGCCAUUUACAAUCUUAAUUGCAUUACAGUCGCAUAAAGUAAAUAAUGCAUUUUUCUUCAGUGUUAGAAAUAAAAAUAGACUGCAGUUAGGGGUGCAAUUACUACCUAAAAAGUUAAUGGUAUACAUCGGAGGAAAGCAAUCUGUUUUUUUCAACUAUAGUGUUCACGAUGGACGAUGGCACGCACUUGCCAUUACCAUUAGAAAACAAGUUGUCUCCAUGUUUAUUGAGUGUGGAAAGAAAUAUUUUAGCAGAGAGACUGUUUCAGAAGUUCAGACAUUUGAUUCUAACAGCGUGUUUACCCUAGGAAGUAUGUAUAACACUUCUGUCCAUUUUGAAGGAAUGGUAUGUCAGUUGGAUAUCAUCCCUUCUACAGAAGCAUCUGCAGGCUACUGUGGACAUGUCAAACAGCGAUGUCGCCAAGCAGUUGAGCAGCAACCCGAAGCCAACCUUCCUUACACAACUAUCACACCAACUAAGAGAAUGGAACAUUCUUCCCUGCCCCGAAGAUUUGCUGAAAAAGUAUUGUCAGAGAUUACAUUUACUGAAGAAGGCAAAAACAGGACAAAUAUCGUAAGUAAUGAUUCUACAGCAGAGCCUACGAAACAAGAAUACAGGAUCCUAGGGUCUCAGCUAACUUCUCUUUACUCAGGAAAUCUCUCUGCUCUGGAGCACAAGGAUUAUGGGAUUCGAAACAAAGAAACCGCCGCUGCAGAACAUAGUGAGACAAAUUUAAACCUGUCAAUGGUCCAUCCUGGCCUCAGAGAGGCGAGAAUAAAUAUGGAGGAAAAAUUUAGUUCUCUGUUAAACAUAUCCAACAACAUCACACAACAUGAUGCAGAAAGUAGUCUCUCACUGUUUAAGAAGAUGUCAUCUCUUGUUCCAUAUACAAAACAAGAUACAAUUACUAAUCUCAAGAAGGCUAUCACAACAAAUUUACACACUAAUGAGCUCUUGGAAAUGGAACAGAUUUUAAAUACAAGCCUGUAUAAACUGACACAUGAUCCAUCUGUGGAUAAUCACCUUGAUUCAAGGAAGGAAGGUGAAUUUUAUUCUGAUGCUACGUAUCUCAUUGAACAUAACAACGAAACUGAGCUUUAUGAUUAUUAUUAUUAUGAGGAUCUGAACACAGUUCUUGAAAUGGAGUAUCUGAGAGGGCCAAAAGGGGACCCUGGACCUCCCGGUCCACCUGGUCCAGCAGGUAUCCCAGGGCCAUCAGGGAAGAGAGGUCCACGGGGUAUACCAGGGCCACAUGGAAAUCCUGGAUUGCCUGGAUUACCAGGUCCAAAGGGUCCCAAAGGCGAUCCAGGAUUUUCCCCAGGCCAAGCUUUUUCAGGAAAAAAGGGUGAUCCAGGCCUUUGUGGAUUAGUGGGACCACCUGGUUUGCAAGGUGAAAAGGGCCUUAAAGGACAUCCAGGGCCCCCAGGACUCCGUGGAGAACAAGGCAUUCCGGGAUUCGCCGGUAGUAUGGGCUCACCUGGUUAUCCUGGCAGGCAGGGCUUAGCUGGGCCAGAAGGUAGUCCAGGUCCUAAAGGUGUACGAGGGUUCAUUGGCUCUCCUGGAGAAGCAGGACAAUUGGGACCUGAAGGAGAAAGAGGUAUUCCUGGGAUCCGUGGAAAGAAGGGUAUUAAGGGAAGACAGGGUUAUCCAGGUGACUUUGGGGACAGAGGCCCUCCAGGUCUUGAUGGCAGUCCUGGACUCGUAGGUGGCAUUGGCCCUCCUGGGUUUCCAGGGCUUAGAGGCAAUGUUGGCCCUGUGGGACCAAUUGGACCUUCUGGAAUUCCUGGCCCAAUGGGCCUUUCAGGAAGUAAGGGGCUACCUGGAAUCAAAGGUGAUAAGGGGGAACAAGGCUUUGCAGGAGAGCUGGGAGAACCAGGGUAUCCUGGAGACAAGGGCACUGUUGGUCUACCAGGACCACCAGGGAUAAGAGGAAAGCCGGGACCUUCAGGUCAACCAGGUGACCAAGGAUCCCAGGGACCAUCUGGCCCUCCAGGACCAGAGGGUUUUCCAGGAGAUAUUGGGAUUCCUGGACAAAAUGGCCCUGCAGGACCAAAGGGACUCCUUGGAGCUAGAGGGCCUCCUGGACCUCCUGGUCUCAAAGGAACUCAGGGAGAAGAAGGACUGGUUGGACAAUUUGGAGAACUGGGGCCAAGAGGAGAAGUAGGAGACCAAGGAGAUAUUGGGAAAAUUGGUGAAAUAGGACCUACUGGCUCACCUGGAGAAGUUGGGAUAACUGGAAGCAUUGGUGAAAAGGGAGAUCGUGGAAGUCCAGGUCCCCUGGGUCCCCAGGGCGAAAAGGGCAUUAUGGGAUAUCCAGGUCUUCCUGGGGUUCCAGGGCCUGUGGGUCCAUUGGGAUUACCCGGUCACGUGGGAGCCAGAGGACCAGCUGGGAGUCAAGGUCCUAAAGGACAAAGAGGACCAAGAGGACCAGAUGGUCUUCCAGGAGAACAAGGUAUACAAGGCAUUAAGGGUGAAAAAGGAAAUAAAGGGAAAAGAGGUCCUCAUGGUAUUACGGGUGGGAUUGGAAACCUUGGAGAAAGAGGAGCGCAAGGAAAACCAGGUUUACAGGGACCUCCUGGCAGUACAGGAGACAGGGGACCUGCAGGAGAACCGGGGCCACGAGGACUUCAGGGUGAUGCUGGACCUCCCGGAGAUACAGGCGUUGAGGGACCUCCAGGCCUUGAGGGAGACUCUGGUGUGCAAGGUGAACCAGGUGCUAAGGGAGAUGUGGGGCCUGCGGGCAGUGCUGGAGGAAUUGGGGAACCAGGAUUACGAGGUGAACCAGGAGCUCCUGGAGAAGAAGGUAUCCAAGGAAAAGAUGGACUAAAGGGAGCCCUAGGAGAAAGAGGACUUCCUGGUGAGGAUGGAGAAGAAGGAGAAACGGGCUUACCAGGAACUGUAGGGCUCUUGGGAAGACCAGGUCAAAUGGGCCUUCCAGGAGCAGAAGGAAUUUUGGGAAUUCCAGGACUAAGAGGCCGUCCAGGAAAGAAGGGUGAUAAAGGACAAAUAGGACCCACAGGAGAAACUGGAAGCAGAGGUCCUCCUGGGCAAACUGGGGAAAGUGGUCCUAAGGGUGCCAGAGGGACUAGAGGUGCUCUGGGUUAUCCAGGAGAAGACAGCACAGUCCUAGGGCCACCAGGACCUCGAGGUGAUCCAGGUCCUAUAGGAGAACAAGGAGAAAGUGGAGAACCUGGAACCGAGGGGUACAAGGGUCAUGUGGGUGUACCAGGACCACGAGGUGCCACUGGACAGCAAGGGCCCCCAGGAGAACCAGGUGAUCAAGGUGAACAAGGACUAAAAGGAGAGAAAGGAUCUGAAGGCCCUAAAGGGAAAAAAGGAGCUCCUGGUCUCUCUGGGAAACCUGGCAUUCCUGGACUUCCAGGCCUUCCUGGGCCAAAAGGCAAGCAAGGAUAUCACGGAGCCGAUGGCAUCUCAGGAAACCCUGGAAACGCUGGGCUACCGGGAAAGCAGGGACUUCCUGGCAUCAGAGGCAGCCCAGGAAGAACAGGACUGAAUGGAUCUCCAGGUCUUCGAGGACCAAAGGGCUCAUCGGGCCUUCCAGGAAGUCCUGGAGCUCUAGGCCCCAAGGGUGAACAAGGACUAGCUGGUCAGCCUGGAAUUCAAGGUAAAAGAGGUCACCAAGGAGCACAAGGUGAUCAAGGACCACGUGGAGAGCCUGGCCUGAAAGGGCAGCCUGGAGAACAUGGCGAUCAAGGCUUGCUGGGCUUCCAAGGAUUUCCAGGCCCCAAAGGUCCUGAGGGGGAUACUGGCUUUGUUGGAAUAUCAGGUCCUAAAGGGCCUAUUGGGCAGAGAGGAAACCAUGGCCCUCUUGGCAGAGAAGGUAUAAUAGGCCCAACAGGUAGAACUGGCCCCAGAGGUGAAAAAGGUUUCCGAGGAGAAACUAUAAGCCCAGUAUACUUUAACAGCGGUGCUUUCAGAAUUUACAAUCUUUACUUCAGAACACUCAGUGUUGAUCUUAUUGCUGAUCUCAAAUGGUUUUGUUUUACACAGAAACAAAUGGAUAUCAAUGCUGCUAUUCAAGCCUUGAUUGAAUCAAAUACUGCCCUACAGAUGGAGAGGUACCAGAAUACUGAAGUGACUUUAAUUGACCACAGUGCAGAGAUAUUCAAAACCCUGAACAACCUUAGCAAUUUAUUGCACCGCAUCAGGAAUCCUCUUGGCACACGAGAUAACCCAGCACGAAUCUGCAAAGAUUUGCUCAACUGUGAACACAAAAUAUCGGAUGGAAAAUACUGGAUUGAUCCUAAUCUUGGAUGCCCUUCAGACGCCAUUGAAGUUUUCUGCAAUUUUAGUGCUGGUGGUCAGACAUGUUUAUCUCCUGUUUCUGUGACAAAGUUGGAGUUUGGAGUUGGGAAAGUCCAGAUGAACUUCCUUCAUUUACUGAGUUCGGAAGCUACCCACGCCAUCACCAUUCACUGUCUGAGUACCUUGAGGUGGACAAAUGCACAAACAAGUGGCCCGGGAUUGCCUGUUGCUUUCAAGGGCUGGAAUGGUCAGGUUUUUGAAGAAAACACUCUACUGGAACCUGAAGUGCUUUCAGAUGACUGCAAGAUUCAGGAUGGCAGCUGGCAUAAGGCAAAAUUCCUUUUUCAUACUCUUGACCCUAAUCAACUUCCAGUGAUCCAAGUACAAAAACUUCCUCAUCUCAAAACUGAACAAAAGUAUUACAUUGAAAGCAGUUCUGUAUGCUUUCUCUAAAGUCUUUGGAUUAGUUGAAAUUUCAUGCUAGUGGUCAUAAUUGCUGCAGAGGGAAAAAUAUAGACAAAAACAAUACCGUCAUUUUGAAAUGCAUGGAAUAAAGACAUUGGCUAAAUCUUCGAGAAUCUCAGGAAGAAAAGCAAAGGCAUUGUUAAAGGACUCUCAUUGAGAAUAAAAGUA